CUGUUGCUCAGAGGGGACUUCGGGGAGCAGUGGAGAAUGACUCAGCAGGGAGCUGUGCUUCAGGGUUACAAUAAUGAGCUAGUGAAAUGCAUCGAAGACUUAUGCAUGCAGAAAGAAGAGCUGAACAAACAAAUCCAGCAAGCAGAAGAGGAAAAGAGUAAACUUCAGUAUGAAAUCCAAGUCCUAAGUGAACAGCUGGAGUGUGUCUGUGAAAACCUGGCCCAAAAGGUAGCUUCACGGAAGGAGCUUGAUAAAAUUCUUGCUGAAACUGAAGCUGCCUACAUGAAGAUUUUGGAUAGCUCUAAAACUUUGCUCAGUGUCCUGAAGAUGGGAAGCUUAAAGCAUGUGCCAGAACUGAAAACCAACAUAACAUCAAACGGUCAAAUGUUUGGACUCUUCAGUGCUAAAAUUCCACUAGGUGAGAAUUGUGGUUAGCCACAGUACCUUACAACCACAG